CAAUAUGAUCAUAGAAAACAUGUUGAUUGAAUAGACCGUUUAAAAUAUAGUUUUUGUUUUUACCUUUGUCUCAUAGUGUAGUAGGGGAACAAGGAGUGAAUGUCGAAAUCAGGGAGAGGGUAUUGUAUGAGCGUUGUGUGAUCGGCGCUGCGAAAGCCUCUCCUAAAGCUCUAGCGUGCUACGAUGGAACUUUACAUCCGCGCUCGACAGGCAGUCAGUACGGUGUUGGGCGUGGUUCGCAUAGGAAUGAAUACAACAGCAACCGAUGCGAUAUUUUCAUUAAUUUUUUUUACCACUUACCCUAUAUAUUGUAAUAUUAGCUUUUAAACAUAAUAACGUUUUUUUUGUACACAUUACUUACCUACUAGCGCUUUAUGUCUGUGCGUUAAUUUAUUUAGAUAAACCAUCCAACAUUUUUUUUUACCUAUUGUUUUUCGACUCGUUGAUUUCGCGAUAUCAUUACGACGAUGUUGAAAGGGAUGUUGUGCGCUGACUGUGCGUUACCAGUACACGCGAGAUAAGGUCCUUAAUCUUAGUGAUCGUAUAAAUAUUUUUACCACGAUGUCUAGCAAUCGUUAAUGAAACGCGCAAUCGGGAUAUUAACGUCCUACCGCUUAACUUGAAGGAUACAUCCAUGUCUUGACCUUAAAUAUUUGAUUUAUCUUGAGCAUUUGUGUCGGUCGAGACCGGAGGCCCUAGCCGUGCACAAUGAAUGAACUGGACUCACUAAGGCAAGAGGCUGAAACGCUGAAAAAUGCCAUACGAGAUGCAAGAAAAGCAGCAUGCGACACAAGUCUGUCGCAAGCGACCACCAGCAUGGAACCGGUCGGCCGGAUACAAAUGCGAACGAGACGUACCCUACGUGGACAUCUCGCCAAAAUAUAUGCCAUGCAUUGGGGCUCUGACUCCAGAAAUCUAGUAUCAGCGUCACAAGAUGGAAAGCUUAUCGUAUGGGACAGCUAUACGACAAACAAGGUACACGCCAUACCACUUAGGUCUAGCUGGGUGAUGACGUGUGCAUAUGCCCCAUCAGGCAGUUUCGUUGCUUGUGGUGGCUUAGACAACAUAUGUUCAAUUUAUAGUUUAAAAACAAGAGAAGGUAAUGUAAGAGUUAGCCGAGAACUGCCAGGGCACACAGGUUACUUAUCAUGUUGUAGAUUCCUUGAUGAUAACCAAAUUGUUACCAGUUCAGGAGAUAUGUCAUGUGCAUUAUGGGAUAUUGAAACUGGCCAACAGUGUUCAUCAUUCAUUGGACAUACUGGCGAUGUUAUGUCUCUGUCAAUGUCACCUGAUAUGCGAACAUUUGUAUCAGGAGCUUGUGACGCUUCAGCAAAAUUAUGGGAUGUUCGAGAUGGAACCUGCAAACAAACGUUCCCAGGACAUGAAUCUGAUAUCAACGCUGUCACGUUUUUCCCGAAUGGCUAUGCCUUUGCUACUGGCUCAGAUGAUGCUACCUGCCGUUUAUUUGAUAUCAGGUCUGACCAAGAAUUAGCCAUGUACUCACACGACAACAUAAUAUGUGGAAUAACAUCUGUAUCAUUUUCAAAAUCUGGACGUCUACUAUUGGCAGGUUAUGAUGAUUUUAACUGCAAUGUUUGGGACUCAAUGAAAGCUGAACGUGCCGGUAUAUUGGCUGGUCAUGACAACCGAGUCAGUUGCCUGGGAGUAACUGAAGAUGGCAUGGCUGUUGCUACCGGUUCUUGGGAUAGCUUUUUACGUAUUUGGAACUGAGUUGGCCCUUUGAUGAGACCUAUGAAGUCAACGCCAAACGGUCCCUGAAUUACAAAAAAAAAAACCAAAAACAGCUAAAUAAAUAAAUAAAUAAAAAUACAACAAAAAAACCAAAUAAAGUAAAAAACAGUUCAAACAUUUUUUUCUUAACGGGGGACCACUCACGCGAAAUGAAAUGUUUUGUUUUUAUCACUAUAAGUAAUCUCUAAGUUGCAUUAUUCAAAAUCCAAUACCACCCGACUUGAAGGUCUUCCGUUUCGCGCAUUUUGGGACAAGUGUCCGCGGCUGUUUAGGUGCUCAAAAAAACAAAACCGUGGCAACACAAACUAUCUAUGGAAACGUAGUGUUAACAAUUAUAUUUUACAACAUAUAAUAUACAGAUGUGUAUAUAUAUAUAUAUAUAUAUACAUACAUACAUACAAACUAAAAUAAUUAUGAAUAUUUAUAUCUAAGUCAUAUAACUAGAAUAGAUCAGUAUUUAAAGUUAUAAAACGCUAAAAAAAAUUAUAUUCCUAAAAAGUUUUUUUAACGAGUGUUCAUAUUAAAAAUAAUUUUUAAAACAACAAAAAACAACUUUAUAUACUUUUCUGUGUAAAUACUAGUAAAUUAAAUCUUGUGUAUAAUAUUAAAAUUUAGUUCUUAGAGUUAAAAUAUAUAAUCAGAACUGUGUGCAUUUUUCAAAUAAAUCUGAACUAUAUAUUAUUUUCACCGAGAAGUUUUAGAAUUUACACCGAUGUUGGUUUUUAAAAUAACAGAUGUUAUUUUACAAUAAGAAGUUGAUCUAUUUCAGUUUGUUCUCAAUGCAAAGGUCAUUUGUUUCUCUUUGCUAAUACCCAUUUAUAUUUAAUUAUUACACUUAAUGUGUAUACAUUUAAAAGUGAAAUAUUUUGGGUUGAACAUUGAGGUCAACUUUCUAAAAUAUUUAGAAUCGUCUUAAAAUUUUGUAACACCACGGACGGCCUUCAUGAGGGUUGUGCUCUGAUCAUACACAUCUUUGGUUUUUAUUAUAAACAAUAUUCUUUUAAUAUAUAUUUUACUUUUAAAUUUUUUUUUUUUACAUUCUAACGCACACAUACACAUUUUUAUAUUACAUAACCAGUUUUUUAAAAAGCAUUUAUACCUAUUAAAAUAUACGUGUGAGUUAUUUGUGUUGUUUUUAAACUGUCAAGCAUUCAUUGAAUAGUUAAUUUUAAUUAAUAUUAAUUUUAUUGUUACUUUGUAAACAAAACCAUUACGUUAGCCUUAUGAAUCUGAUAAAACCAUAAGUUUUGCCACUAUAUUAUAUCUAAUGGUGGUCAUUAUUUUGUAUUAUUAUUAUUAUUAUUAUUAUUUAAUUACUUAAUUCUUUAAAUGUCCACGAAUUACUAAAAUAAAUUUUUGAUUCCCUAAAUGGAUUUACCUACGCCAUUGAAUAUCCUGCAACUCUUACUGAUAAUAAUGGUGGUGGUAAUAUUUUCAGUUUCUUUAUAAUUUUAUACGGUAUAGCUAACACUCAGUAUGCAUAUUUAUGGCGAAUUACACAUAACACUUAAUAUUUUCAUUUUCCUAUAAAUCUGAUGAUUUAAUUGUUAA